AAUGGGCCGCCAUUUUAUGUUAGGCCCACUCCUCCGAAGCGGGAGAAAAUUAUUAGCUCGGUACAGGGCACAGACAACCGUCCGCUGCAGGACUGACUGUAGCAACCGAAGGAGCUGGGAUUCCAAGUGCAUAUACGGGGAGAAAGAAGAAACGAGGAUUUAGAGUAUCGGUAAACCCAUUGCCAUGGAGGGCGAGGUUGUUUCCAUGGAGACUGCUCAAGCUGCCCUGGUCUCAGAUGGAAAGGUCCUGCAAGAGGGUGGAGAGGCUUUGAUACAGGGCACACAGGGUGAAGUGGGUGGUAAUAUGGAGAUGAUGGUGAUGGAUGCUCUCGAUCCAACUUUGCUGCAAAUGAAGACGGAGGUGUUGGAGGGAGGUGGGACAGUUACUGUAACUGGCGGCGAUGAGGGUCAGAUCAUCACACUCCAGGUGGUGAACAUGGAGGAGCAGGCAGGUGCUACAUUAGGUCUUGGUCAGCUUCAGCUGGUGCAGGUACCAGUUACAACAGCAACUGUAGAGGGGCUCCAGGCCUCUUAUGUUGAGGGGUCAGCCGCCAACAAGGAUGCAGAACCGGUUAUCUGUCACACCCUUCCCUUGCCUGAGGGCUUCCAGGUUGUAAAAGUGGGUGCCAAUGGUGAAGUGGAGACUGUAGAGCAGGAGGAGCUCCAGGCUGCUCAUGAUGAGCUUCAAGGGACUAGGGGUGAGGAGGAGGAGGAUGAAGAGGCAGCAGAAGUGGAAACUUCUGUCCCUCAGCAAGAUGAUCCAGAAUGGACCAAGGAUCCAGACUACCAGCCCAUUACUGCAGUCCGUAAAGGGAAGAAAGGAAAGAAAAGCCGUCUGCGCUACGCAGAGGGUGAUCGUGACAUGGAUGUAUCUGUGUAUGACUUUGAGGAAGAGCAGCAGGAGGGGCUGCUGUCAGAGGUGAAUGCAGAGAAGGUUGUUGGCAACAUGAAGCCUCCAAAGCCCACGAAGAUCAAGAAAAAAGGUGUCAAGAAGACUUUCCAGUGUGAGCUGUGUAGCUACACUUGUCCGAGGCGCUCUAACCUGGACCGACACAUGAAGAGCCACACGGAUGAAAGACCACACAAAUGUCAUUUGUGUGGAAGAGCCUUCAGAACAGUCACACUGCUGCGAAAUCACCUCAAUACACACACAGGCACUCGGCCACAUAAAUGUACAGAUUGUGACAUGGCAUUUGUGACCAGCGGCGAGUUAGUGCGUCAUCGUCGCUACAAACACACACACGAGAAGCCAUUCAAGUGUUCCAUGUGUGAUUAUUCCAGUGUGGAGGUGAGCAAGUUAAAAAGACACAUCCGCUCUCACACAGGUGAGAGGCCCUUCCAGUGCAGCCUGUGCAGCUACGCCAGCAGAGACACGUACAAACUGAAAAGGCACAUGAGAACACAUUCAGGUGAAAAGCCUUAUGAGUGCUAUAUCUGCCACGCUCGCUUCACACAGAGUGGCACCAUGAAGAUGCACAUCCUUCAGAAACACACAGAAAACGUGGCUAAGUUUCACUGCCCACACUGUGACACUGUCAUUGCACGCAAGAGCGACCUUGGUGUUCACUUGCGAAAGCAGCACUCCUUUAUUGAGACGGGAAAGAAAUGUCGUUACUGUGAUGCUGUGUUUCAUGAGCGCUAUGCUCUCAUCCAGCAUCAAAAGACUCACAAAAAUGAAAAACGCUUCAAGUGUGAGCAGUGUGACUACUGCUGCCGACAGGAGCGCCAUAUGAUAAUGCACAAGCGCACACACACAGGAGAGAAGCCGUUUGCCUGCAGCCAGUGUGAUAAAACUUUCCGGCAGAAGCAGCUUCUGGACAUGCAUUUCAAGCGCUACCAUGACCCCAACUUUGUUCCCACUGCCUUCGUCUGCAGCAAAUGUAGCAAGACCUUCACCCGCAGGAACACCAUGCUGCGUCAUGCUGAAAACUGCAUGGGUGAAGUUGCUGGAGAUGAAAAUGGAACUCCCACUCCUAAGAAAGGCCGCCGUGGCAGGAAGAGGAAGAUGCAGACAAGGAGGCAUGAUGAUGAUGAUGAUGAUGAUGACGAAGAUGAUGAUGACUACGAAGACUAUGAUAACACAGAGGGCGAACUGGAUGAGGCAGAGGAGGAAGAAGAAAUGUUGGGCGACAUUGAAGUGGAACAAGCUGCACCAGUCAUCCCCAUCCCUGCCCCAGUGGAGCCCCCUGUCAAGAGGAAACGUGGACGCCCCCCAAAGAGUAAACCUGACACGGCUGCUAUCAUCCGUGUGGAGGACGAGGUCACCGGAGAAGUAGAUGACAUCAUUGUGAAGAAGGAGGUUGGAGCUGACCAAGACGACGACCAUGAUGAUGCCACAGAGGAGGUGGUGGUUGGCAGUGUAAAGUCCUCCAUUCAGAUGGAGGAGUUGUCCCAAGAAGAGCGGGCAGCACAGGAGGCGCAGCUGUCUGAGGCCCCUCCCAAUGGAGACCUGACCCCCGAGAUGAUUCUCAGCAUGAUGGACCGAUGAUGGGCAUGAGGGUGGCACCUGUAAAAAAGAAAAAUACCCAGAUCCUUGAUUAAAUGUUUAUUUUAUUUCUUGGCAUUUAGGAGAACAAAUACUUGCAUCCUGCACAGAAAAAACAUCCCUGGUGUAAUUUAAGAUUUUGCUUUUUAAUCAUUGUAUUGAUAUUUCUUUUGUCCUCUGGAUAGAUUUUUUUUUUUUCUUUUUCUUUUUGAUAGGGAUUCCCCCGCUAAAAGAAAAAAAAAGAAAAAAAAACAUUUCAGAGCAGGCUUGUGGUGGCUGUAAUUUGUAGCAGUAUGAACAAACAAUAUGCCCUGCAGUCACUGAAUAUUGGCUAAUAUCCCUUGUCUUCAUUUCUACUGAAUUGUCUACUAAAACAUCUACUUCUCAGUGUUUUCUUCUACGACCUUUCUUUGUAUGCUUUACGUGUUAUAUAUCUGUGCCAGUGGGUGAAAUUAGAGGCCAGUUAGUUGUUGAUGGCACUGCGCACACACACAUAUAUAUAUAAUUAUCCCACUAAAGAAUCCAAAAUCCCACCAACAAUACAGAUUGAGCUUCAUUCAUUUUAGCCAGAUUUUAUCUAGCAAGUCUUCUACCCACACAAAUAAAUUUAGGUUAAAGUUGAAUCAAGAAGCAACCUCCAGGUAAACGGUACUGCCACUAAUCACAGCCACUUCAAAUUCAGAUUUAUCAUUUAAUGUUUUCUUUCUUUGUGGUUAGUAAAUCCUUUUUUAAUAUUCUAGUUUUUUAAAGCUUAAUAGGUGGCUUAUCUCCUGCUCCUUUCCUCCUACUGUAACACCUGUAGAAAAAUGUAUGUACUAAACAUUGUCACAGAUGAGCGCAAAGAAAUUGUUUUGAUCUUACGUGUAGCCAUUCCACUUUGGGUUGAUGUUUUCCUUUUGUACCAUUGGCAAAGCUACGUAGCAGCUUGAAUGACCUUUUUAUCUACUGUGUGGCAGAUGAGAACAGGCGUAUGACUGUACAACCAAUUAAGGAAAAAAGUAUGUUUUAGAUUUCUGAAGCUGUAAUCAAUCAUGGAUUUUAAGACUGGUUUGGUUCAGAUAAAUGUUACUGGUGCAGUUACAGCAAAAUAGUUUUGCCUGACUCAUGGUUUAUUAAAAUUGGCAGAAAACAAACAGAAUAACAAAUGUCAGUGUAUUUUGCUUGCAAAUAUAUUUUAUUAAAUUGAAAAAUUGA